GGUGUUGCGCAUCCGUCCACUGCAUCUUCUCGUGGCUACAGGCACAGGAUAUGUGGGAUACAAGCAAUAUGAGAAGCACAAGGACAAGAAUCAUGAAAAGUUGGGUGUGGAGGUGGCCCCCAGAAUUGCAACUGAAUGGGAACUGAGACCAUCCUAAGAGCGAGAGGCAGGGCCAGCCGGAGGACAUACCUGCAGGAGAAGUUGGGAGCCGUGACUGCGCCUCCUCCUUGCCUCCUCCUCCUUUCCCGCUGCUGGAGCCAGGGGGGGGAAAGAAACAAGAGAGAGGAACCGAGGCUCAGCCUGACAGCCCAGGAUGUGUCAGUCAAGCGCCCUGCAGGGACCAGAGCUGCACUCAGGGAAAUGGUGAGAUGCUGCAAAGCUUUACCUAGCCCUCCUCCCUCUUGCUGCAACCUCCACAAAGUUAAAAUCCAUGUCCGGAGGCUGCGCUCAGGAAACGGUGGCGGUGGUGGCGGCAGCGGCGGUGCUGGGGAGCAGCACCCACAGCUGGAAAGCCCGGUCCCAGCUGGGAGCACCCCAAAUAGGAAAGCCCGUUUCAGGUUGCAAUUUCCCCAGCUGGCCCUGAGGCGGAGGUUGGGCCAGCUGAGCUGUAUGUCUAGGCCUGCUCUGAAACUCCGUUCUUGGCCUCUGACUAUUCUCUAUUAUCUCCUGCCUUUCGGUGCUCUUAAACCUUUGACCAGAGUGAGAUGGAGGCCUGUGAGCCGGGUCUCUCUGUACAAGUCAGUGCCAACCCGCCUGCUCUCCCGUGCGUGGGGCCGACUCAACAACAUGGAGCUGCCCACCUGGCUGCGGAAGCCCGUCCUCAGCCUCUACAUCUGGACCUUUGGGGUGAACAUGAAGGAGGCGGCCGUGGAGGACCUCCAUCACUACCGGAACCUGAGCGAAUUUUUCCGACGGAAGCUGAAACCCCAGGCGCGGCCCGUCUGCGACCGGCAUAGCGUGAUCAGUCCUUCGGAUGGAAAGAUCCUCAGUUUUGGACAAGUGAAGAACUGUGAAGUGGAACAAGUAAAAGGCAUCACUUACUCUCUUGAGUCCUUCCUGGGUCCCCACGCCAGUCACGACAACUGCCAAAAUAAUCCAACUUCCUGUUGCGAGUCCUUCCAAAAACAGCUGGUCACAAAAGACAGCAACGAGCUCUUCCAUUGUGUGAUAUACCUGGCCCCAGGAGACUACCACUGCUUCCACUCACCCACCGACUGGAAGGUCUCUCAUCGGCGUCACUUCCCAGGAGCCCUGAUGUCUGUGAACCCUGGCGUAGCACGUUGGAUCAAAGAACUGUUCUGCCAUAACGAGCGGGUCGUCCUGUCGGGCUACUGGAAACACGGCUUCUUUUCCUUGACAGCAGUGGGAGCUCAGAAUGUGGGCUCCAUCCGCAUUUACUGUGAUCAGAAGCUGCAGACCAACAGCCCUCGCUACAGCAAAGGGUCAUUCAACGAUUUCAGCUUUGUAACCAGCAAGGACCAUGAAGGCAUUCCGAUGAGGAAAGGAGAACAUUUAGGCGAAUUUAAUUUAGGCUCAACAAUUGUUCUAAUCUUUGAGGCACCCAAAGAUUUCAACUUCUACUUGAAGCCUGGCCAGAAAAUCCGCUUUGGGGAGGCUCUGGGGUCCCUCUAAGGUCUCAGUGGUCAGAGGGGAGGGGCUUUUCUAUGGACAGGGACUCCGUUCAUACAAGGAAACCGUUCGGUAUGGUGGAGUAUUGCUCAGCAGGACCUGAGUGAAGAGAACGAGUCCUUCGUCUCAACCUGGGGGUGCCGGGCUAGUCUCACAGGGAGGGUUGUGGAUUGAUGGGGGACCGUGGCCCUUAAGGAUGUGGAUCGGGUGGCUUCUCUUCCCUCUGGGCUCUGGAACAACGGCAGCUUCUUCCCCCGGCUCCAUAGGCCGCUGCCUUUGCGCCACUCCUCAAGCUCUGCGGUCAAGAGGAAGAGGAAAGCUCUCUUCUUUAAAGGGACAGGGUCCAGCUGGCCUCAUUCAAUUCAAGUUACAUACACCAAUUUUUCCGUCCAAUCCUAGAGAAGGGGGAGGGCUAAACAGAAAAAAGGCAGCUUGAAAUCCGAUUAAGAAGCCUGCUAAAAAUCUAGUUCUCUCCCUUUAAAGCAGAGGUUUGUGCUAUCUUUGAGCCUCCAACAUCGAGUCCCUGUUCAGCAUUUUCCCUUGAUGUUGCUUUGGAUUGGAGGAGCCCAGCUGGCCUCUUCCUCUAGCUUCCUCCAGCUUCUAAAACUGUCUUGUUGCCGUGCUGGGUUAUCCUUCACUUUUUCUGUGUUGCACGGGGGAUAUCAGUUCUCCUUUCUUGAACCUUGCCAAAAGACACACCAGUCCCGCUACAAGGGAUGAGAGUUUGCUUCUCUUCCCUCUGUGCAGGGAAGUGGCUGGGUGGACUUAGAAAACACCAUUAGGAAUAUUAGGUCAUUCUCAUCUCUUCUCCUAGGCAUUAACUUCUAAUUCUCUGCUGGAGCUAGUCAAGGCUGAGGAAGAAGCUGAAUUGAUCACAAUAAAUUCUCCAGGUUGCCCUAAAAUAUCAUUUAUAGGCUUCAGGCUUUGAGGUUAUGCCACACACACACACACACA